AUGAGACAUUUAGAGUUUGUAUUUAUUGUCUGUGCUAUUCAAGUAUGUAGUGUUGUAUGCACUCCAGCUUCUACAACUGUCUUGUUGCUUGAAAGUAUGCAAGCUUCUGCAAAUACAACAUCAACAUCCACUCAAUUAUUGCCUGUGAUCGCCUCUGCCCCUGUAGACAUUACGUCAGCUCAUGGAAACGCUAUACCACCACAAGUAGUAACUGUUCAGUCAAGUACGAGCGACACAUCACGCCAAGCAUCAUCAAGUAAUACAUAUAGCCAGCUUAGUAUGGUCAUGCUGACCGUGGCUUCAGCUGCCUUGCUUAUAGUUAUUUCGGUAGUUCUUUGA